GCGAAAGCUUCGUGCUAUUUGGCGGCAACCUAUCCGAAAAAAUCGAAGAAGAAGAAGAGAAAGAACAAUGGGAGAAGACGAAAAUGGCGGCGAAACCACGGAUUCAAGGCAGCAGGAUUACUCGUGGCCCAUCAUGAGAUUCGAUGUUCAUCCGUACAGGACACACCAUUUCUUCAAGCAGUUUAGGACUUCUAUAAACCCUAACAAUUUCCUCAAAGGUGUCAAAUGGUCUCCUGAUGGUUCGUGUUUCCUCACAAGCUCGGAGGACAACACUCUUCGUGUGUUUUAUCUCCCACAAGAUGGAGGUGAUUCUGCUUCCUGUGGACUGUCAACUUCAGAAGAAGAUUCGUAUGGCGCCAGCCUUGUUGUGAAUGAGGGUGAAUCUGUCUAUGAUUUCAGCUGGUAUCCAUACAUGUCAGUUUCAGACCCAUCAACGUGUGUCUUCGCAACCACCAGCCGAGACCAUCCAAUCCAUCUCUGGGAUAGUUCUUCUGGUGAGAUUCGAUGUACAUACCGUGCCUAUGAUGCAAUGGAUGAAAUAACUGCUGCAUUUUCUGUUGGAUUUAAUCCUGAUGGGACCAAGAUAUUUGCUGGUUAUAACAGCUCUGUCAGAGUGUUUGAUAUUCAUCGUCCUGGUAGAGAUUUUAAGCAAUAUUCAACUCUACAGGGAAAUAAAGAAGGCCAAGCAGGAAUCUUGUCUUCUCUUGCUUUCUCCCAAGCUAAUUCUGGAAUGUUGGCUGUGGGCUCUUAUGGCCAGACUACUGGGAUUUAUAGAGAGGACAACAUGGAGCUAUUGUAUGUCUUACAUGGUCAAGAAGGCGGUGUCACACAUGUCCAGUUUUCAAAGGAUGGGAAUUAUUUGUACACGGGAGGCCGCAAGGAUCCUUACAUUCUUUGCUGGGAUAUGCGGAAUGCUGUUGAAAUAGUUUACAAAUUGUAUAGAGCAACAGACAACACGAACCAGCGGGUAUCCUUUGAUAUCGAGCCCUGUGGUCGACAUCUUGGGACUGGUGGUCAGGACGGCCUUGUUCACAUAUAUGAUCUACAGUCCGGGAACUGGGUCUCGGGCUAUCAAGCUGCCUCGGAUACCGUCAAUGGCUUUUCUUUCCAUCCUUACCUUCCAAUGGCCGCAUCAUCAUCUGGGCAUCGACGAUUUGCCACUCCCAGCGACGAAGAUAACGAUGAUCUGCACUUGAAAGCUGAUGAGAACGGUGCAACUGUAUGGAGUUUCUACGUGGCUUCUGACGAGGAUAAUGUCGUUGUUUCCAAACCAUAAGCGACAGUGGAACCAUUGCUGUCUAUUAGAACAUAAGGGUAUCUCAGCCUAUUGUUUUAUGGAAUCCAAGGAAGAACUAAGUCAACCACCCCAACAAGUUUCAACGGCUUUUCAACUUCCUCCUGUGUUCUCACUGAUCAACGCCGUCAAAAUUCCCAGACGUCACGUGGCGAGCGACCGUCGACAUAUGCACGAACGAUAUCGUGGACCGUGUCGCACCUGAUUCCCUCCCGUGGCUUCUUAACCGUGUCUAAGAAGCCGUGUUAAAUGUGGACACUGAGCCAGCCAACUUGGACCAACCACGAA